AACUGAUUGACCGAAGCUUUGAGAGCUCAGACCCGAAUUCUACUAUCAUUGACGACGUCACUUUGAUAACUUAUUUGCGCGGAUCUCACCAAACGCAAAUCUCAUCACAAACUCUCCCUGCUCACUAAUUAGCAGCAGGAGAAGCUGCAGUUAUCUCGGGUCUUGGCAUCAAAGCACCUCAUCAAGCACUCAAAAAGAUCACUGCAAGAAUGGCCGCCAAAAAGCCAGUCAACUGGUGGCUCUGGACCAAGAUGUUGCUCGGUGGAGCAGCAAUCUGCGUCGGCGGUCCUGCAUUCACCUACUGGCUCACCCCGACAGACGAGGAGCUCUUCCAAAAGUAUAACCCGGAGCUGCAGAAGAGGAGUCUGGAGAGGCGGUUCGAGCGUCAGCAGGAGUUUGACGACUUUGUCACCAAGUUGAAGGAGUACUCCAAGUCUGAUAAGCCAAUCUGGACGGUUCAGGCCGAGGCCGAGGAAAAAGAGAGACAGCAGCGGGCGUCGGUGCAGAAGAGUCUGGCAUUGGCGGAUGAGGUGAAGGCUAGGAAAGAGGCUAUGAGGCGUGAGGCCGGUCUUCCGCUUGAGAAGUAGUGGUUAGGCUAGCUUUACGUUGGGAAGUGGUCAUACGUAGGCGGUUUGGGUUGUAACAUCAUGAUUCUGUACAAAACUACUGUGUAUUCUAAGAUGGGUAUUGAAAGAGAAGGCGUUCAAAAGGGUCUUGGGUUUUUAGGACGGAGAUGAUUAGCUUUUGGUUCCAAAGUCCCAUGGUCUCGAAGUUGUGCAAUAUCACGAUGUUCUCUGGAAA